AUGAAGACUGUAGCAUUGGCCGGAGCGACGACUGGCUUUGGUCUGACUGUUCUUGAUCAUUUUCUUAAGUCGUCACACCCAUACACCUUGGUCCUUCUCACACGCUCACCACAACCACAACUCUCAGCCCAGGGCAUUGAUGUCAGACCCGUCGAUUACUCGGACCACAAAUCUCUAGUCUCGGCUCUCCACGGUGUGCACACUAUUCUCUCUUUCAUUGGCGGCAGUGCAUCUGCCCUUCAGAACGCUCAGCUUUCCCUCCUUUCUGCAGCAAAAGAAGCGGGUGUUACUCGUUUCGCUCCCUCGGAGUAUGCGGGAAAAGGCUACGACGGUGUAGACCUCUACGCAGGCAAAGCCAUCGUCUGGGAUGCUGUGCGAAAAAGUGGGCUCCAGUAUACCCGCUUCGACUGCGGUAUCUUCAUGAACACCUUCGCAACAGGAACACCAUAUGGCGAAUCUGAAGCCCUGGCCAACCUCCGUCCCUGGAACUUCGUUAUCAACAUGAAAGCUGGCACGGCAGAGCUCCCGGCUUCGGGCGACGACAAAAUCGUCUUUACAGAGAUGAACGAUGUGGCUCGAUUUGUGAUUGCUUCUCUUGAGCUGCAAAUCUGGCCAGGAGUGUCAGGCAUGAGAGGCGAUGUCAAGACGUAUCGCGAGGUCAUUGCCAUUGCGGAAAGAGUGCAGCGUAGGAAGUUUCUGGUUAGAGAGGAUAGUGUAAGCGCUAUGGAGAAGCAGAUGAAGGAGGUUCCGGAGACAAGUUUCUACAACCAGGUCAGGAUUGCUUUGACGAAAGGGUGGGGACUCGUAGGCGACGAGUUGAAUAAAGCGUUUCCUAACUUCGAACUUACGGGUGUGGAAGAGUACAUGAGCAAAUGGUGGGAAGGCGUCGAAUUGGAGGAGGCGAGCUGGGGAAGUGCGAACAAAACCUUUGCAUUUGAUUAUCGGCAGAACGAUUGA